AGUGGCUCCGGGGGCGGCGGCGGCGCCCGGUGCGACCAUGGAGGGCCAUUCCCCCUUUGCCCAGGUGAUCCCUCACCUGUCCGAGGAAGAGGAGGAGGAGGAACCAGGUGAGGAGGAGGAAGAGCAGCCAGGUGAGGAGGAAGAAGGAACAGGUGAGGAGGAGGAGCAGCCAGGUGAGGAGGAGGAAGAGCAGCCAGGUGAGGAGGAAGAAGGACGAGAUGAGGAGGAAGAAGGGACAGGUGAGGAAGGAACAGGUGAAGAACCAGGUGAGGAAGAAGAUCCAGGUGAGGAAGAUCCAGGUGAUGAUGAAUACCCAGGUGAUGAGGAAGAACCAGGUGAGGAAGAACCAGGUGAUUAUGAAGAUCCUGGUGAGGAAGAACCAGGUGAUGAUCAUGAAGAGGAUCCAGGUGAUGAUGAUGAAGAUCCAGGUGACGAUGAUGAAGAUCCAGGUGACGAUGACUGCGAAGACCACCCAGGUGCCUCCCUCCAGGUGCGCCCCCCUCCAGGCGCCCCCUCCUCCCGCCGGCCCCGCCUUUACCUGCGGCCACGCCCACCCCUGGCCGAACCCGGCCCCUCCCACCUGCAGCCCCCCUGGCCCCGCCCACCCGGCGCCCCACCCUCACCUGAGCCAGGUGAGGCCGCCACGCCCGGCUUCGUGCAGCUCAUCGACGAGCGCGGCGUCUACUCCACCGCCAAGCUGGUGCUGGGCGGGCGCUCAGGUGCGCCAGGUGAGCCCGGGAACGAGGACGGCAGCGAGGAGGAGGAAGGCGCCGCAGGUAAGGAGGAGGAGGAGGAGGAGGAUCUACCUGCCCACCUGGAGAUCCGCCGGGUGAUCGUGGCCGACAAACCCUUCCAGUGCCCCGCCUGCCCCAAGAGCUUCAAGCGCACCUGGGAGCUGCUGAGCCACCAGGUGGUGCACACCGAGGCGCGCCCCUUCACCUGCCACCUGUGCCGCGCCACCUUCAAGCGCCACUCGGACUUCAAGAGCCACGCCCUGGUGCACACCGAGGAGCGCCCGCACAGGUGCGACCUCUGCGGCAAGCGCUUCAAGCGCUCCUCCAACCUGCAGGAGCACCGCCGCACCCACAGCGGCCAGCGCCCCUUCGCCUGCGCCGCCUGCGCCAAGUCCUUCAAGACGCCCUACGAGCGCCGGCGCCACGCCCUGACGCACCUGGCCGCCGCCGCGUCGGAGGCGGCGCCGCUCCGGUGCGGCGAGUGCGGCAAGGCCUUCCCGGCGGCCGGCGCGCUGCUGCUGCACCGGCGGCGCCGCUGCCAGGACAAGCCGCACGCCUGCGGCGUCUGCGGCAAGCGCUUCGCCCACGGGCACUCGCUGCGCGUGCACGAGCGCGUGCACACCGGCGACCGCCCCUUCCGCUGCGCGCUCUGCGGCAAGGCCUUCAAGCAGAGCAACGCGCUGGCCUCGCACGCGCGCGUGCACACGGGCGAGCGCCCCUUCGCCUGCCGCACCUGCGGCAAGGCCUUCAAGCAGUCCUCCUACCUGGCCGUGCACCAGCGCGCCCACACCGGCGAGCGGCCGUACCGGUGCGAGGCGUGCGGCAAGGCCUUCGCGCGGCCCUCGCUGCUGCUGCAGCACCGGCGCGCCCACAGCCCCGCGCGGCCGCACCAGUGCCGGCACUGCCACCGCUUCUUCAAGGACCUGGCCUACCUGGCCGUGCACGAGAAGGUGCACACGGGCGAGACGCCCUACAAGUGCGGCGUGUGCGCCAAGGGCUUCGCGCACCCCUCCAACCUGCUGCAGCACCGGCGCGUGCACCGCGACACCUGA